GCCAACCUUUACCACUAGAAUCACAUAACCACUCUCUUUCUCUGCUCCAUUGUUUCACCUCUCUCUCUCGCCUAUAAAACCUCACCUCUCAGUCUUGCUCGUCACACACACACAGACAGAGAUGAAGGGAAGUGAGAGUAGUCACCCUCUGUUGAGCGGAGAGAGAAAGGAAAGAGGUGGUUGUGGCCAUGCCUUAUCUCAAAGCCAGAUGCAAGUCCUGGCUGCUAUCUGUGAGGCAUUUCUCCCUCCUUUCACUCACCAUGGCGAUGCUUCUCUGCAGUCCUUCUACGGAACCUCCGGUUCUCUAGCCCCUCUUCCUGAUGAGGCGGCGGAGCUGUUACACAAGAGGAUUCUACCGGAGGCUCAGUUCGUUGUGAGCUCAUUUCUGCGGAUUUUGUCAUUUAGAUUGGGAACUUUGUUGCUUUGCGGAAGUAUUGCCUUCGAUCGGAAGUGGCCCUUCCUUCACAAGUUCUCCGAAUUAUCACUGGACAAGAGAGAACAGAUUCUGCAGAAAUGGUCCAGGGAAAAGCGUCUCGUUCCUCUGCGGAUUGCCUUUGUGAUCAUCAAAGUCGUCUUCUUUUAUAAUUUUUUCUCAAGGAUAGAUCAAAAUGGGAAUAACCCAGCAUGGGAAGCUAUUGGAUACAAAGUGGACACAAGGGAAAAGCUGAAACGAAAGGAGAGGCCUCUUGAGAAGGGAAUAAUCGAGACUAUGCAUGAAAGUGAUGCCACUAUUUUGCAGUCCCUCGCAGAAAAAGGCCUUGAAGUUAGUGAAAAUGCAGAGCACAACACUUACAAGAUCAAAUGUGAUGUCGUCCUCGUUGGUUCUGGUUGUGGGGGAGGAGUUGCAGCUGCAGUUCUUGCAAGCUCAGGUCAGAAAGUGGUGGUUCUAGAGAAAGGAAACUACUUUGUGCCUGAAGAUUACUCUUCAUUGGAAGGCCCUUCCUUCAAUGAGCUAUAUGAAUCAGGCGGAAUCUUGUCAACCCUUGAUGCGAAAAUGAUGGUUUUGGCUGGCUCAACAGUAGGCGGAGGCUCGGCCAUAAACUGGUCUGCAUCCAUCAAAACGCCUGAUUCUGUUCUCAGGGAAUGGUCGGAACACUACAAAAUUCCACUCUAUGGAAGCUCCACAUACCAAUCUGCCAUGGAAGCAGUCUGGAAAAGGAUUGGUGUUACAGAUAAGUGUGCCAAAGAGAGCUUUCAGAAUCAAAUUCUUCGAAAAGGGGGUGAGAAUAUUGGCCUGAAAAUCGAGUCAGUUGCUAUCAAUGCCUCAGCAGAUCACUAUUGUGGUUCUUGCUGUUAUGGUUGUAGAACUGGAGAUAAAAAGGGCACGGACUCCACUUGGUUGGUUGAUGCUGUGCAAAACGGUGCAGUGAUCCUAACUGGAUGUAAAGCUGAGAAGCUCAUAUUGGAGGAUGGGAAGAGCGGAAUAAGGACAAAGAAAUGCCUGGGAGUGAUAGCAACAACACUGGGGAGUAAAGUUUCAAAGAAACUCCAAAUCGAAUCAAAGGUAACAGUUUCAGCAUGUGGAUCUCUCUUGACACCUCCUCUGAUGAUUUCCAGUGGGCUGCAAAAUCCGAACAUUGGAAGGAACCUCCACCUCCAUCCUGUUCUAUUUGCCUGGGGAUACUUCCCGGAAGAUAUAACAGGAUAUGAUGGCACCAACCAUGAGGGAGGAAUCAUUACCUCAAUCCAUAAGGUGUAUGCUGAGAAUUCCACCCCAAGAUUCAUCUUAGAAACCCCAAUAGUUGGGCCUGGAUCAUUUUCUGCAUAUGUUCCAUGGGUUUCAGGAAAGGAUAUGAAAGACAGGAUGGCGAAGUAUGGAAGAACUGCUAUAGUUUUUGCACUAGCCAGAGACAGAGGAUCAGGAGAAGUGUUGAAAGAAGGGAGGAUCAAGUACAGACUGGAUCAGUGGGAUAAAGAAAACCUCAGAGAUGGAUUGAGAUUGGCACUGAGAGUUUUGAUUGGAGCAGGAGCUGUAGAAGUGGGAACAUUUAGGAGCGAUGGACAGAGAAUGAUGUGUAAAGGGGUGAAGCAGGAAGACGUGGAGGAGUUUUUGGACAAUGUCAUAGUAGUGGGGGGUCCAAGAUCAAGGGGUGAACUGUGGACCGUCUAUGCCACAGCUCAUCAAAUGGGAAGCUGUAGAAUGGGUCCUACCGAACAAGAAGGUGCUCUUGAUGAGAAUGGGGAGAGUUGGGAAGCAAAAAGCUUGUAUGUCUGUGAUGGAAGCGUUUUGCCCAGUGCUAUUGGCGUCAAUCCCAUGAUAACCAUCCAGUCCACCGCAUACUGCAUUGCCAAUAAAAUUGCGGAGUCGUUCAAAAAGGAUAAAUAGACCAACCAUGAAUCAUUGGUUAGAUUGGCUAUUGUAAUCAUAUAAUCAUAAUAUAUUAUCAUGUAUUGGAAUAAAUUCUUCAUUUCGCACCUUUCUUCAUAA